UUUGGGUCGGUUUCUGUUCCGCCAGCUGAGCCCACUUGCGGGAUUUACCAAAGCCACUGAUCUCAGUUCCUAUUUAGCACUCAGACCACACCUUGCUCCGAUUAAUGGCUCAGAAUAAAACCCUCAAUGUCGUACUUACCAUGUGGUCUCAGUGGAAGGCUACCGAGCUGCAGCCAAAAAUCUCGCAUGACAGAUGCACAGCAACGGACGCAUGGUUGACACCCCGCGGCAUGUUAACCCAAGUAUAAAGAGCAGCCAGACGCGAUACCUCUUGGUCUGGGUUUCUCGCUCUUGACAUUGUCCCUCACCUGUCUUAUAUUGGUGUUUGUCUCCUUGUUGUCUGUUCGAUCGGUGUCCGUCUUCCCCAGAGGCUCUAGUCAACAUGGCGCACAAACGAGCCAGCUCGCCUAAAGCAGAGGCAACCCGCCUGCGCUGGCAGGAGGUAGACGAGGAGAGCGGCCUUCAGCCAAAGAAGCCUCUUCCAGAGCUUUCGAGGACUAUGUCGGCCAUGUCAAAUAGUUCACAGCUUUCUGCACGUAGUCGGAAUCGACGAGCGACUGUGGAUCCUUCACUUUCACUACCGAUCCAUUACCGCACUGUCUCUUUUGAUAUCGACGAAGCAAGAGAGAAAGAACGUACCGAGGCUGCCAAAACGAACAACACUGUCGUGACAGACCUCUCGAACCUUGACUGGCAUCAAAUAACCAUUGAAGAGCUGCAAAAACGAUGGAGUGUGGAUAUUGCACAGGGUUUGUCGCGCGACCAGAUCCAGCAACGCGUGCAGGAAUAUGGAAAGAAUGCUCUUUCACCGCUGCCACACCAGUGGUUCUGGCAGAUUUUUGGCUACUUUUUCAAAGGAUUUGGGGCCAUUCUUCUCAUAGGGAGUAUCCUGGUGCUUGUCUCCUGGAAACCGCUGGGCGAGCCCCCAGCUAUAGCCAACCUUGCCUUGGCGAUCGUCCUUCUCGCUGUUUUCUUCAUCCAAGCUGGGUUCAAUGCGUGGCAGGAUUGGUCUUCAUCCCGAGUCAUGGCUUCAAUCACUGCCAUGCUACCGGAAAGCUGUCUUGUGGUCCGUGACAGCUCGCUCACGGUGGUCUCUGGGCCGGAGAUUGUCCCCGGUGACGUGGUACAUCUCAAGGCUGGAACCAAGCUGCCAGCUGACUUGCGCUUGGUUGAGGUAUCGACUGAUGCAAGCUUUGACCGUUCAAUCCUUACUGGUGAGUCUGCCCCGAUCAAUGGAACAAUUGAUUCCACAGAUGACAAUUACCUCGAAACACACUGCAUCGGUCUCCAAGGCACGCACUGCGUUGCUGGAAGCGCCGUUGGGAUUGUCGUCUCUACUGGUGACUCGACCGUCUUUGGUCGAAUCGCCAAGCUGACGAGCGAGCCCAAGAAAGGCUUAACCACCCUGGAAAAAGAAGUGUUGCGCUUCGUGGCGUUCAUUGUCGCGAUCAUGGUAGCCAUGAUCAUCCUCGUCGUCGGUGUCUGGGCCGGAUGGUUACGAAAGAAACAUCCUGAUUGGAUAAACGUCCCGACUCUGAUUGUUGACUGCGUGAGCGUUGCUAUCGCAUUCAUCCCAGAGGGCUUGCCCAUUGCCCUCACCGCAAAUUUGACAAUCACAGCCAAUCUUAUGAGCAAGAACAAGAUUCUUUGCAAAUCCCUGAAGACGGUGGAGACUCUGGGUGCUGUCUCUGUCAUCUGUUCGGACAAGACUGGAACGCUCACUAAAAACAAAAUGUUUGUUACAGAAUGCGCCGUGUCAACGACAUGCUUCAGUCCUGAUUCGGCAAGAGACGAAAUGGUCAGAAAAGGCAAGAAGAGUGGAGUUCACCAACUUCGUGCGAUGGCUGGUCUCUGCAAUGCAGCUGAAUUUGAUGCCGGAUCUAUGCAACUCCCGCUCCACGAGAGAGAAAUUCACGGAAAUGCCACUGAUCAAGCCGUCCUUCGCUUAUCCGAGGAACUUGGUUCGGUGGCUAAACUACGGCAAGCAUGGAAGAAGACUUACGAGCUGGCUUUCAACAGCAAGAACAAGUUCAUGAUACGGACGUUUACGCUAGCAGAAUCAGGAGGGCUCGGACUCGCGAUGUCUGCCGCAGAGUCAGCGCAGUUCAAGCGCCAUGAUAUUCUUUUUACGAUUAAAGGUGCUCCAGACAUUCUCAUUAAUCGAUGCACACGGUACAUCGACCUUGAUGGUAGCGUGCAGCCACUGAAAGCGCGCAUGCUGGCUCGGAUGAAGGAAGUCAAGGAUCAGUGGUCCGCAGAAGGAAAGCGCGUGAUUCUUCUCGCGCGAAAGAGUCUUUCUGCGUCCGAAAUUAUGUUCCAGCCAUCCUCACACGAAUUCGAGACAGAAAUGCUGAGCCAAGCUAAGACCGGGCUGAUCUUAGUGGGCAUAGUUGGCAUCGUUGAUCCUCCAAGAGAAGAAAUCCCAGAUGUCAUUAGUACCCUGCGCCGCGCAGGGAUCCGGAUCUUCAUGGUCACCGGUGACUUCGGUCUCACAGCACUGGCCAUCGCACGCCAAUGUGGAAUCAUCAGCACUAAUAGUCUCGUCGACGAUGUCACUGCUCUCGGCCGAUCAGGGUCCUCUGAGAAGCCUCCUCGUACACCUACCGCAUCCGCGAUCACCAUCAGUGGAGCCGACCUUAUGAGCCUCAACGACCACCAGUGGGAGCAGCUUUGUCAAUACCAAGAGAUCGUAUUCUGGCGAACCACUCCUGAGCAAAAACUCCGCAUUGUCCGUGAGUUCCGCGCAAGAGACGAGAUUGUUGGCAUGACCGGUGACGGUGUCAACGAUGCGCCUUCUCUCAAAGCAGCCGACAUCGGCAUCGCCCUGGGCAGCGGCUCGGACAUUGCGAUCGAAGCCUCGGACAUGGUCCUUUUGGAAUCAUUCUCCGCCAUUGUCGAAGCGGUGCAAUACGGUCGCGUCGUUUUUGAUAACCUGAAGAAGACGAUCGUCUAUCUUCUGCCGGCGGGUUCGUUCUCGGAGUUUUGGCCCGUCUUUUGCAACGUCGUUUUCGGUCUUCCUCAAGUCCUCUCAUCUUUCUUAAUGAUUAUCAUCUGCUGCUUUACAGAUUGCGCCGCCGCCACCGUCCUCGCCUACGAGAAGCCCGAAGCCGACGUCCUCCUCCGCCCUCCCCGUAAACCUAAGCAGAACCGCCUUGUGAACUAUAAACUCAUCUUCCAUGCCUACGGUGUUCUUGGAAUCAUCGAGACCGUCUGCUCCUUUGCCAUGGCCUUCUGGUAUCUCGAGCGUAACGGCUUCCCCUUCUCGACUUUCUGGUUCAAAUUUGGCGACUACCCACCCGAUAUCGACCAGGACGUGCUCACAGCCCGAUUGAACGAAGCCAGCUCCGUCUACUUCAUUAAUCUUGUCGUAAUGCAAUGGUUUAAUCUCAUGGCCAUCCGCACCCGCCGCCUCUCCAUCUUCUCCCACCCACCGGCCUUCAACAAGAAAACCCAAAAUCUGCUCCUGUUCCCAGCCAUUCUCUUCGCCCUCUGCAUGGCGAUCUUCUGGCUCUAUAUUCCCCCUCUCCAGCAGACGUUGAACACGACCUCUGUUCCCGCGAUUCAUUACUUCUUGCCCGCGGCUUUUGGGUUGGGCAUCCUGGUGCUCGAUGAGCUCCGGAAGGCUGGGGUACGGCGCUGGCCCGAUGGGAUUUUGGCUAGAUGUGCGUGGUAAAUAUGUUGUCUUGCGGGAGUGGUCAUGUGAAGGGAGAUGGGAUGGGAUGAGGAAAUAUAUAGUCAGAGGGUUGAGGCUAGACUAGUUGGGCUACAUACAUGUGUCGGUAGCAUCAGUCUAGGUUACACCCGGUCGAUCACGGUGAUAGUGAUUAGGACCGCCAAUACCCUACCAGCCUUUGACCCUUGGUAGCGAAGGCUGGCGGACAGGGUGGUUGCUGGAUGCCAGUGGCGGUGGGCUUUGUGAACCAAUUCUCUUUUUGCGAUGGUGGUUCCAUUUCGUCUUUCUUCCUCGUUUUUCAUGUACAUAGAUGGAUACAUUUAUAUGCAACAUAUUAUAUC